AUGGCACUAGUCGCUAGUCAUCGAGACAUACGGCCAAGCAGAUACUCCUUCGCCGAGAAGUGCUACCGUAUGACACAUAGCAGUACCGGCCUCCCAACCCACAAGACCACGCCGAAGACCAUCCAAUGGACUCAGCGCCUGCCAUCACGACCUUGCGAAUACGAAGACUUCCUCGAAACAUCGCUCGAGGACGCAGUGAGUAGACUGCUCUCCGGUUCUGGCUCAGCGGCCGAAGAAGUCGAACUUGGUUACAAUUACGACAGCAUCGAACAUGUUCUUCCUGGAACAAUUGUGCACGUCCAAGCACAGACUUUAAACUAUGAAGGCAAGACCUGGAUACAAGCUUCGAUCUCUGGGCAGAGCGCUUCAGGUGACGUGAGGCUCUACGCCUAUGGAAAGUGGGUGCUUGCAAAGACAAAGAAGCAUCACUACCUCUACUGA